AUGGACAGAACCCAGUGUUUGUGUGAAGUGGCCGUAAAUUUUGGUGUUUCGGUGUCGACGUCCCAAAACCUGACAAAAGGAUACCAAGAGUUUGCGGGCGUCGAGAGUUCGGUGACUACUAAAGUGAAAGGAGUUGUGUCCACAAAACAUCUGACCGCCGAUGACUUCAAUGACAACUAUAAGGGGGAUAAAGAUAUAUACAUAAGAGUGUGGGACAAUACAGACCUCGUGGUUCCCGCAUCGGAAAACGGGGCCUUCUUUGUGACCACAAAUACGAUAAUAACACCAAAUCAGACAUUAAGUGUCUGUCCAGAAGACGCUGAUGUUUCCGAUGCUAUUUGCGACCCGAAAGUGCCCGACAUGUGUGUCGACAAAGUGUUUAAUUUGGGACACGGAGUUUCGACGGGAAAGUGUGUUCAAUCGUCGCGAGAAGGCGUCCACACGUGUCAGAUCGAGGGCUGGUGUCCGGUAGAGAAGGAUGACUACCCGCUCAAGAAGAAUAGACCACUCUUUACGGACACCAAAAAUUGGACGGUUUUGAUCAAAAACAGUAUUCGUUUCGAUAAUUAUAACGUCCGGCGCAGGAAUAUCAUCGAAAUCGAGAACUCAUCGGCACUCAGGGACUGUAUCUAUGAUCCCGACCACAAUCCCGGGUGUCCUGUGUUUGUGCUCAACGACAUCGUCAAGUGGGCCAAUGAAGACUACGACAGUAUCUCCCAAUACGGCGGUGUUAUCGGCAUUGAUAUCAAUUGGGACUGUAAUCUGGACUUUGAUAUCAAAUACUGUGUCCCUAAAUAUUAUUUCCGACGACUGGACGACCCGAAGACAAAGAUAGCCAAAGGCUGGAACUUUCGAUACGCCGACUAUAUUGACAAUUAUCGCACACUAUAUAAGGCGACGGGUAUUCGGUUCGUGCUUUUGGUGAGCGGUUCGGCCGGAAAAUUCAAUUUUAUUCCUCUGGUCAUUAAGAUCGGGUCCGGACUCGGGUUACUCGCUAUUACGACGAUUAUCUGUGAUAUCGUAGUGUUGUAUCUAAACAAAGGCGGGAAGUACUACAAGGAUAAGAAGUUUCAAUACGUGGAACAAGUGGACAAUCAAUACACGGAUAUUAUGGCAACUAAUUUGAGACAACGGACCACAUCUGAUGAACAAAGUAAUCGCUUGACCGACGACUAACUCACUUACAGUCACAUUAAUACCUAUUUUAAUAUAAAACCUCUAAAUUAUGAUAACUAUUAAAUAAAUCUAAUAUAAAAUAAAUUAUUUAUUUUAAAUUAUACUAAUUUUAUUAAAUAAAGUUUAAGUUUUUUCAAAGUUUUUCACUUCAAA